AUGGAAAAGGCCUUAAAUUUGCGGGUGAAAGACAUGAACAGAAAAUGUGUUUCAACUGAAGACAACAUGUUGUGUCAGAAAGUAUUAAGCCCAUACAAAGACAUCAACAAGGGAUCCCCUGAAAUGAGUAACACCAAACCAUUUACUGCAACCACAGCUUCUAAAGAUAGUAACAUCAUGGCUCAAUCUGAUAACUCAGCUGCUGCAAAUAAUAGUGCCACAAUGACUACACCUAUUUCUACUAUAGUAUCAGCAACUAAUACUUCUAAUAUCACAUCAAAUCCAGUUACAAGUUCCAGUGUCAUGUCUACAAAAUAUCAAUCAACCGCAAUUAUACAAACGACAGUUAUCACUGCCAACACUUCAUCUUCAAGUAAUGACUCAUCCACAACUGUUCCUUCCGUAACAACACAAACAAAUGGAGCCAGAGCCUGUUGCGAAGAAGAUUCCUGUAGUGGUGGUGCUUCAUGUGUUAGUCUGAAUAAUACAUCUUUUUGCCUGUGCGUAGAUGGGUAUUACUAUAAUUCUUCCACAUGCAAUAAAGGAAAGCUAUUCCCUGGAACAAUUACAGUAAGUGUAACAGAAAUAUCUGGCUUGCAAGAUGGACAUUCUAUAGCCUAUGAAAAAUUAUAUCUAAAAGUUACUACAUUUUUUAAAGAUGCAUUUGUCAAUACUGAUUAUGGACAGACUGUAAUUAAUAAAGUAAGAAUAUCACCUUCAGCAAGAUCUGAAUUUCGUGCCGGUCAGGAGGAUGUUGCUGUAACAGUAGUAAACCUUUUUUCAGAAACUACUAAAGAAGAUGAGACGAGUGUAUCUGCUACAAUUGACAAUGCAAUUAAAGGCAAUUCUGUUGGCAUUACAAAAUAUGAUGGGAAAAGUCUAUGUGACUUUUAUGGUUGUGUAGAGGCAGAUGAGAAAGAUGACUGUAGCGAUGGUUUGCUAUGUACAUGCAAGGAGGGACUGGAAAGACCUAACCCGCAGAUCGCUUUAUGUGUUGCAGCAAGUUGUCCUGACAACUGCAAUGCAGAAAACAAUAAGCAAUGCUUAAUGGACGGCGAGGUCGCUAAAUGCUCGUGCCUGCCAGGCUACAAGCAAAAGGACGAUGGGACCUGUCAAGCGUGUGCGUUUGGCUACGGAGGAGUCAACUGUGAAGAUUAUUUUCAGCUGAUCCUCAUUAUCGUGGGCAUCGUCGCCGGCGGCCUCAUACUUGCCAUGAUGAUUGCCUUGUUCUUAGUGAGCUCAAAGAAAAAAAAGAAUACUAUUGAAGAACAGAACUUGAUUAAGAAUGACUUUCAAAAUCUGAGACUGCAGGAAACAACAGGCUUCAGCAAUCUAGGAGCAGAAGGGAGCAUCUUCCCUAAAAUCAGGACAAACUUCUCCAGAGAGAAUCAGUUGCAGAAUCCCUAUGUAAACCAGAGAGGCAUACCCCACCCUGACUACUAG